GAAGCAGAAGGGGAAGGCUGGCUCCCUCACCGACGGAGCGAGCUCUGCCUGUCUAAGCACCGCUCCAAGCUCCGGGGUUCGCCCAAGACGUCGGGCGCCUCGGAGGGUCAGCGGCGGAGGCUGGGCGAGCGGCAGCAGGAGAGGCAGAGGCGCAGACAAAGGCGCCGCCGCCACCGCUGGCUCGCUAGCUCUCCUGCGGGAGCGAACCUGGGCAGAAAUCGAGGGUUCUCUGGUCUGCUGAAUCUUCUCGGAUCUCAUCAAGUAACAGGAAUGGCGUUUUUCACGUUGGAAUAUGUUCAGAGAAAAUGGUCCUGAUCGUUACCAAACACAUUAACUCUUAAAUUUAAUCUCCAUCAAGAAGGCUGAACAAAGAUGAUGGAUACUUUUAUGCCCAUUUCACUGCUGAGGAAACUGAAUCCCAAAGAUGUCAAGUGACUCGCUGAAGGGACCACAGCAGGGCCACCAGUGCUGCAUCAGAGGGUCUGUUUUCCCACAGUCCAUCCAGCAUUUAUCACUUUCCCUUUUUUGUCAUCUUUGCCAAUCUGGUGGUGUGAGGAGAAGAGCUGUGAACAGGCAACAGAGUUAGCCAGACUGCCUGCUCUAUACCAGAAACCCCACUGGUGAGCAGUGUUUCAACCUGCUCAACGGAUCAAAUAACAUUUGGGCUGAUUAACAAGAGACAUGCAAGUGGGAAGGUGUCAGAAGCCAGAGUGUGGAAAUUUACCCAGGGUUGCUACUUCAGGGAGGCUCAGUCUGAAAGAUGCUGCAGUUAGGAGAGUCUUGGAUCUAAUUGGAAAUGGAAUUGGGAACCAGGCAGAGAGCAGCAAGUAUGAAGAAGUGAGAGAGGGUGCUACCCAAGCUGUUCCCAUCUGAAGCUGUGGAAAGGAAGCUGAACGUCCCAGGAUCUGCCCAGCAUUGGUCCAUGAGCUCCAAUGUGUAUGACAGCCUGGUCUUUCUCCAGCAUUCUUGCCUGAUACCAUUCUGCUUGCUUUGAGUUUGAUCACUUCAGUGGAAGCCCCAAAGCCAGUCAAUGACUUGAAUUUUCGGGGCAUGGGAAGAAGCCACUGAGUAGCUCUCGCUGAAUUACCACUAAGCUUUUGAAAACCUAAAGUCCUAAGGCAUCACCAAAUAGUCCCUGAAUUGCAGAGCAGAGGACCCUCUCCACCUGAACUCUUUAAUUUGUAAUUAACAAAGGAUUUAAAAGGAGACUCUUCCUGAAGCUCUUACUUCAAGGACCAGAGUUAAAGAGACCCCAGCUAAAGAUGAUGUGCUUUCUGGAUGGAUGGUCAUCUUUACAAAUACAUUGGUACUUUCCACCAAGAUGCUCCAUUUCAAAGAAUUUUGAACCACUUAGACACAGAGAUUGCUGAGAGUGAGGAAAAGUCUUCUCCUUGAUCUUAUUUGAAACUGUUUUCCCUGGCCCCAGUGAGUAGCACACGUACCCCUGUUGUGUCUGGACAUUGGGAAGGGAUGCUUGACUUAGUGGGAUGAAGAGUGUUAGUGGAGACACUGACUUGGGCUCGGUCUCUCUCCCUCCCUCCUCUCUCACACAGGUAGCCUUACAGCACUGAGCUGAUGAUGGCUGAGAAGGGUGACUGCAUUGCCAACAUGUAUGGCUAUGACCUUGGCGGGCGCUUUGUCGACUUCCGACCCCUGGGAUUUGGCGUCAAUGGCCUAGUGCUUUCAGCCACAGACAGCCAGACCUGCCGGAAGGUGGCAGUGAAGAAGAUUGCCAUGAGCGAUGCCCAGAGCAUGAAGCAUGCGCUACGGGAAAUUAAGAUCAUCCGUCGCCUCGACCAUGACAACAUUGUGAAGGUGUAUGAGGUCCUCGGACCCAAGGGGGCUGACCUUCAGGGGGAGCUUUUUAAGUUCAACAUGGCCUACAUUGUCCAGGAGUACAUGGAGACAGACUUAGCUCGCUUGCUGGAGCAGGGCACAUUGGCCGAGGAACAUGCCAAACUGUUCAUGUACCAGCUGCUUCGUGGGCUCAAGUACAUCCACUCUGCCAACGUGUUACACAGGGACCUGAAACCGGCCAACAUCUUCAUCAGCACAGAAGAUCUCGUGCUGAAGAUUGGUGACUUCGGCUUGGCGAGAAUUGUGGAUCAGCAUUAUUCUCACAAGGGUUAUCUUUCAGAAGGGCUGGUCACAAAAUGGUAUCGAUCUCCACGCUUGCUUCUCUCUCCCAACAACUACACCAAGGCCAUAGACAUGUGGGCAGCUGGUUGUAUCUUGGCUGAAAUGCUCACAGGGAAGAUGCUGUUUGCUGGGGGUCAUGAGUUGGAACAGAUGCAGCUUAUCCUGGAGACAAUUCCUGUAGUCCGGGAGGAAGACAAAGAUGAGCUGCUCAGAGUGAUGCCCUCCUUCGUCAACAGCACCUGGGAGGUGAAAAAGCCACUGAGAAAGCUGCUCCCAGAAGUCAACAGUGAAGCCGUUGACUUUCUGGAGAAGAUCCUGACCUUCAACCCCAUGGACAGAUUAACAGCGGAGAUGGGCCUGCAGCACCCCUACAUGAGCCCGUACUCAUGCCCAGAGGAUGAGCCUACCUCCCAGCAGCCCUUCCGAAUUGAGGAUGAGAUUGACGACAUCUUGCUGAUGGCAGCCAACCAGAGCCAGCUCUCCACCUGGGACAGGUAUCAAGUCAGUCUGUCCUCUGAUCUGGAAUGGAGGCAGGACAGAUACCUUGACACAAGUGAGGUGCAGCGGGACCCUCGUGCAGGCUCCGAGUCAAUAGUGGAAGAGGUCCAGGUGGAUCCACGAAAAUACUCCCAGAGUAGCUCUGAACGAUUCCUGGAGCAGUCUCACUCAUCCAUGGACCGAGUGUUUGACUCUGACUGUGGGCGGUCCUGUGACUACAAGGUGGGAUCACCAUCCUACCUGGAUAAGUUACUGUGGAGGGACAACAAGCCCCAUCACUACUCAGAGCCAAAGCUCAUCUUAGACCUGUCCCAUUGGAAGAAGACAGCCAUCACUCCAGCCACUGAGCUCUCCCUAGAGGAGGAGCCAUCUAACCUCUUCCUGGAGAUUGCACAAUGGGUGAAGAGCACCCAGAGCGGCCUUGAGUGCCCCAGUCCACUCCCUGAGAUCCAGGAACGGAGCCUGCCGUCCUCACCCCAGCACCUCAAGGACCCCAAGGAGGGGAACAAUGGGGCAGACCCUCAAUUUGACUUGGAUGUCUUCAUUUCCAGGGCCCUGAAACUCUGCACCAAGCCCGAGGACCUGCCAGACAACAAACUCAGUGAAAUCAAUGGGGCAUGUAUCUCAGAGCACCCCAGUGACAUCGUACAGACCGAACCCUAUCCAAAGGAGAGGUGGUGAAGCUGAGGGGUUUGCUAAUCAUGAACUUCGCCCUUCUCCUCAGCCGGCUUGGCCGCAGCCCUGUGCCAUUGCAGACCCAGGUCAAAGGGGGAAGAAAAGGGCCUUUGUUCCUGGCAUGUCAGUCCUUUGCAACAGAGGGUGGGUAGCUAAUUCCAGACUUUUUAAUCAAACAGCCCCCAGCCUCCUUUCUGAUGCCUUAGGGUUCACAGGACCCUUAAGGGAAUCAGGAAAUACAAGUGAAAUAUUGAAUCUAUUAAACUGCCUUAAUGAUUGCGCCUUUUAA